AUGAUUGAAACCCGGAUAGAGAUUGUGGCUCCACCUAGUCAGGUGCGAGACCUUCUGCUAGAUUUUGCGAAUUACCCGGAUUGGCAAACCUCUGGGCUUAUUCGUUCUUUAGAACCUGAAGAUUCCGCUCAAACUCUAGCCACCUUGCAGCCUGGCGAUAAAAUCAAGUGUGACAUUGAUAGAAUGAAGUUCACAGCCGUCAUUAAGGAAAAUUCCGAGCGUCUCUUCCAGUGGCAAGGGCCGCCCGUCAUGGGCCUGGUUGCGGGGCUUCACUCAUUCGGUUUUGCGACUACGGAAUCUGGGGGUACGAUAUUCACCCAGACAGAGCAAUUUUCUGGCCCCCUCUCAUUCCUGAUGGGGCCCUCUUUACUGGGGCGGAAGAUGCUCGGCCAGUAUCGGAGGUUCAAUGAGGAGUUGAAG